AAUAAUUUUUUUAUUGUUUGAUUGAGAAUUAUAAAUACCACAUUGUUCUGUAGCAAAUUCCAUCAUCUCUACAAUUCUUUUGGAUUAUAUACAUUCAAUACAUACUUAAAAAAUAAUUAUGGGUCAACUAAAAAUGAUGAGCAUUUUGCUUCUUUUAGUAGGGAUAAUUUCCCAAUCGGGAGCAAUUCUCGACGCGAAUUAUUACGAAAAAACAUGCCCACAAGCUGAAAACAUCAUCAACCAAGCUGUCCGAAAGGCCGCAGCCAACGAUCCUAAAGUACCUGCUCGUAUUUUAAGAAUGUUUUUUCAUGAUUGCUUCAUUAGGGGUUGCGACGCGUCGGUUUUGUUGGACUCGACUGCGAACAACAAAGCGGAGAAAGAUGGCCCGCCGAAUUUGUCGCUCGCAGCAUUUUAUGUGAUAGAUGCUGCGAAAAAGAAUCUAGAAGAAUCUUGCCCAAGAACUGUGUCUUGUGCUGAUGUAUUAGCAAUUGCUGCAAGAGAUGUUGUUGUUCUGUCAGGAGGGCCAAAGUGGAAUGUGGCGAAAGGAAGAAAAGACGGCAGAAUCUCAACCGCAAACGACACCGUCAACCUGCCGGCGCCGUCGUUCAACACAACCCAACUCAUCCAGAGCUUUUCCCAGCGGGGACUCUCCGCCAAGGACCUCGUCGCUCUCUCCGGCGGCCACACCCUCGGCUUCUCCCACUGCUCCUCCUUCGAAUCCCGCCUCCGCAACUUCAGCUCCGCCCACGACUCCGACCCGACACUCGACCCGCAAUUCGCCGCCGCAUUGAAGAGCCGGUGCCCCAAGCCCAACUCCGACCGCAACGCCGGCCAGUUCCUCGACUCGACCUCGUCGGUCUUCGACAACGACUACUACAGAAGGAUCGUCGCCGGAAAAGGAGUUUUCGGGUCGGAUCAAUCGCUGAUGGCCGAUUACCGGACCCGGUGGAUCGUCGAGGCGUUCGCGAGGGAUCGGGGUUUGUUUUUCUGGGAAUUCGCUGCUUCCAUGGUGAGGCUUGGGAAUGUCGGAGUUGUUGAGGAUGGAGAAGUCAGAACCAACUGCCGGGUCGUUAACUAACGGGUCGGGUCGGGUCGGCAUUUGUUUUCGGAGGAGGAUUAAUAACGAAUAACUAAUUUCAAAUGUUGAAUGAGUCACUUAAACGUGUUUGCGCGCGCGUCUCCUUUUACUUUUUAUUUUCUAUUUUUCCUUUAUUUCUUAAUUAAAAUAAAAGGAAUGUAAAAAGUUCUUUUGAA